AUGGAAAAUAAAAAUCGAAAAUUAGCCAGGGACAAUGAGGAUUACCUUAAAGGUGAAAUUUACACUUAUAAUAGAAAGAAAAUACAGACAGAAACAUCUAAUUCAAAUGAGCAUUCAGAGGAAGAAAAUCUGAUGAAUCCAGUCACACCUACCAACAAUCAAUAUUACGAUGGUAGAUGGACAGUGGUUAGUCAUCAUAAACACAAAAACAAAAAUAAUAACAAUAACAAUAAUAAGAAAAAUUCAGGUAAUUAUAAUAAUGGAAAUUAUAAUAGACAAGUAUCGAAUUACCAUGACAGAGACUAUAGACAGAAUACAUAUAAUCAACCAAAACCCAGGAAGGAACAACAUCAGACAUCUGAUCAGAAUUGGUCUCAUAAAGGCCCAUCCAAUACAAAUAAUUAUGGUUAUGUGAGAGAUGAAAGAAAUUUUCAUCAUCAUAACAGGGAUAGGAAUCCACGUGAUCAAUACAAUCACUAUAGACCAUCGCCUAAUAACCAUUGGUCAAAUGAUCAAAUGAUGUUUAAUAAUCAAACACCUUAUAUGAGAACACCAGUAGAAAACAUGACUCGAGAACAUACUCAAAAUGUAAGAAAUUCUAGUCCCCAAGAAUACACUGAAAUUAGUACCUCAAAUAGGUAUCAUACACUGAGUGACCUAAACCCUCAAAACUGUGUCGAAAGGCCACUUCAAUAUAAUGAGGUAAAUAAUCCCCAACCAUCCACUUCAGGAAACCAUUUUUUAGAACAGCGCCCAAGACAACCAAUUUGGAAACAAAAAAAGAUCGCCAGUUACCUAGAACCUGUAGUCAGCCUGACCUCACCAUACAAAGGCAAAAGACCUCACACAGACGAGGAUGUAGAGGAAGAAGUACAGCCUACAAAAAGGCAAGACUACAGGAACUAG